UCAGCAGAAAGUGCAAUCCUGGGUUUUUGGCUUUAAAUCUGUCCCUCUGACAUGCAAAACUCUUCUUUAUUCUCAAGACUACAGGAUACCGACCUGUCCUAUCUCAAACAUGAGUCAGUCAAACAUAUUCACUUUGAUGGUCUUCAUUCUAAUUUUCUCACAGUCACAGUCACAGUCAGCGAGAGGGAAGGAUUGUGUUUGUGAGUUACAAAGUUCUGAUCCUGCUUUCCCUGUGAAUAGACUCAAUAACAUUGAGUUCACUGCUACACAAUGCACUGAGAACAUCACUUCAGAAAAGAUGACAGAGAUUGACCGGCUGGUGUUGGGUCUACAACACCGUAUCCGGCAGCUUCUGGACAAUGUGUCCAUGCUGGAAAGAGAAGACAACGGAAAUCUGUAUGCAGCUGUGUCUCUACGCAUUAUUGAAUUAGAGUUAGCUGAGAUUCAAGACCUUCUGGACAAACUCAACAGAACCACCAACAAUUACCAGCAGCUCAGUGUACAAGCUGCUGCAGAGCUUCAGCAGAUGGAGAACACGAUGACGGAGCUGGAGAAGUUUGACCACACGCAGGUGAUGGUGAGACAGCGCGAGAACCAGCAUAUUAAGAGGGACCUGGAACAUUGCAGAGCCGACCUCAAUAGUACAUCUCCAGCCCCUACACUUUCCGCAGGUUACUGUGAUUCGGGCCUCAUGGCCAAUGUAUCGGGACCUAAAACAUAUUCCCUCACAGUGUACGGAACGUCCUACUCUUUUGGCGCUUGGGGUCGAGAUGCAAAUCCAGCUCCAGGAGACGAGAACAAAUACUGGUUGGUGGUGUUGUCUAGUAGUAAUGUAUUCGGCAACUUUAUCCGCCAGUAUAGUAGUUUGAGUACUAUUAUAUUAGGUAUAGGACCAACAGAUACAUACAUAUCCAGCUCCAAUCCCACAACAAACACAAUUCAGGGGCCAAACAUGGUCAUGUACGCCAAUGCGCUCUACUAUAACUGUUACAACACAUACUCUGUCUGUCAGUUCAACUUGACGACUCGUGCUGUCAGUACUGUGGCUUUACCAAGUGAUACAGGUUACAACAACAAGUUUUCAUUCGGACACCUCGGCACAACAUACGGCUAUACUGAUAUGGAUUUUGCCACAGAUGAAUCUGGUGUUUAUGUUAUAUAUGCAACUACAAGCAACUACGGAAACGUGGUUAUCAGUAAAGUCGAGACCAGUAAUCCACCAGUUGUGGGCCAAACAUGGAUCACUUCUCUUCACAAAAAGACUGUGACAAACACCUUCAUGGUGUGCGGCGUGCUUUAUGCAACUCGUUACGUGGAUAAAGAAAUAGAAGAGAUCUUUUACUACUAUGACACCAAAACAAAAGAAGAGCGCUAUGAUUUGAGAAUCCACAUUAAGAAGUUGCAGACUAAUAUUAAGUAUAUGAACUAUGACCCCAGAGAUCAUUUGCUGUAUGUCUUCAGUGAUGCCUACAUUGUGACACAUGAAAUCAUAUUUUAGCAAGUUCAGUGAACCUGAUUAAUGAUAUCUUGUCUUUUAUUUGCCACCAAGUGUUAUGAUUUUACAUAUCUGAAAUUCAAAAAAAUAUUGUUUUGAAAAUCAUCCUGUAUCACAUUUUGGUAUUUGAAAUAAAAUUUGAGUGAAAAUGUUA